ACCACCUGGAUAAUGUGCCAGAGAGUGCUGGUGAGAGAGAAGCAGUCAGAGGCCGCAUCAUGUUCCAUACAGGCCAGUACAUGGAGGCUCUCUCACGGUUCGAGAAGCUGACUGAGGAAGCCCCUGAUGUGAGUGGACAUCACUACAUGCUGGGACGAGUCCUGUGGCAGCUGCAAGACACCGGGACCUGGGGGAGUGCAGGAGAGAUGUGCAGGAGAGAUGCUUCAAGGCCUUCCUUAAGGCAGCCAAACUGGACCCCUACAAUAGUGAGAUCUUUCUUUACCUGGGACACUUCUAUGCCACUGUGCAGAAGGACAAUGUGAAAGCCAAGCUGCUGCUAUCAGAAGGCAUACCGACCUUGACCCUGGUAAUGAGGAAGCAGGAGCUGCCCUUUGUGACAUCUUAGUCGCCAUUGGUGAAGAUGAGGAAGCUAGAGGCCUACUGGAGGCUGCAACAAGUCAAGCCAGUGCAGGCUGUGGCAAGUGGGCGUGGCUGCGAUUAGGUCUGUACCAAGUGCGACAUGACGACCCCACCAUUGCCGUGGCAUCAUUCCAGGCGGCUCUCAGAGCAGAUCCCCAAGACAGGCAUGUGUGGGAGUGUUUGGCCGAGGCGUACCUGCAUCGCGGGAGCUACACAGCAGCCCUGAAGACAUUCACAAAGGCAGCUGAGUUGAACCCAGAUUCGGUGUACAGUCUGUUUCAAAUGGCCAGCAUUAAACAGACCCUAGGAGAAUACCCAGAGGCUGUGACAGAGUACAAGGCCAUCCUGGAGAAGUCCCACAACUACGUGCCAGCACUAAAAGGUCUCUCGUGAAACCCUGUUGCUGUUGGCACGACAACAUCUGACCACCUGCCUUGAUGGACUGGCUCGGGACAUGUGUCAAGAGGCCAUGGUGUAUCUGACCAGAGCUGUGUCCCAGCGUGCAGACCUGUCGUGCCUGUGGAAGCUGAUGGGGGAUGCCUGUACUGUGCUGCAGCCUCUGGCCCCGGAGACUUUCAGUCUGCAGCUUCCUGCCAAGUUAGUCCAGCAGUCGUCCCAGGACAUGGUGACCCUGGGGAAGAUGGAGGUCCUGCAGGUUGGAGCCAGGUGUUAUGGUAGGGCCUUGAAGAGUAUUCCAGAAAGUGCCCUCUCUCUGGCAUGACCUAGGGGUCAACUAUUUCCACCAAUCAGAGCUGUCCACAUCAGCAUCAGUGGAGCUAUCCCAGAAGGCCAUACAGGCGCUGAAGAAGGCGGUCAGUCUGGACCCUAACAACUUCCGCCACUGGAAUGCCCUGGGGGUGGUGGUAUGUGCCAAGUACUGCUACAAGCCUGAGCUGGCCCAGCACUGCUUCAUCAAGUCCAUAGAAGUGGAGAGUAAUAAUGUUGUUGCCUGGACCAACCUGGGGACAUUGUACCUGAAGAAUGAUAACGUGCAACUUGCCCAUGAAGCUUUCAAAGUAGCUCAAAGUCUUGAUCCGACUUAUGUUGCCUGCUGGAUUGGACAGGCCCUUAUAGCGGAGAUAGUUGGACAUGAUGACGCCAUGGACCUGUUCCGUCACACAACCGAACUGGCCAAUCAUAUCGAGGGUGCUAUUGGAUUCGCCAGCUGGGUCUGUCAGAUACUACAGGACCACAGCAAGAGGAACACAGACCUGUACCUGUACAGCAUCAAGCAGAUGGCCGCCAUCCCUGCUGCAGCAGACGCUCUGGCCAGAUACACGGGUCGUGUAAAGACUGACGUGACAGCGUACAACAUGUACGGUCUGCUACUGGAGCAUCAAAAGCUGUACAGAGGGGCAUCCGAGGCUUUCAGGAGUGCUGUGGAGAUCCUGGAGAAGGACUCCAGCCAAACGAAGCAGCUGGGUAAAGUGAGGAUCAACUAUGGAAGAGUCCUAUGCAAGGGAGGUAACUACAAGGAAUCAGCGGAGCAGUUAGAGAAGGCUGGAGGUCUGGAGAAGUGUGAGGACCUCUGUUUCCUUGGCCUGGCUCACUACAAGCAGGGCAGAUUCGAGGACAGCUACCAGGCCUACAACACAGCCCUUGGUAUCGCUGAGCUUAAUGAAGACAAGUCACACAUCUACUCCGCCCUUGGCAUGGUUGCCUACAGGUUUGGAGAUAUUGAGGGUGCCAAAACAGCGCUGUUUAAUGGAUCCCAGCAGGCUCCACCUUCUGCUCCAGGACUCCAGGCUCUGUGUUCACUCGGGCUGCUGCAGUCUGAUGCCACCCUCGCUACUGCAGCUAUACAGGAACUCUUCAAGCUGGGAGAUAAGGACCCUUCACUACCAGAUGUCACCUGGCUGUCUGCUUCUCUGUAUAUACUACAGGGUAAUCUUCAAGAGGCCAAGCGUUCUAUUCAGAGAGUUAUUCAGAAGAACCCAACAUGUCCACGGUUAUGGCGAGUUUUGUGUUCCAUACUGACCAGUUUCUUCCCCAACCUGGGAGAUGCAGCUUCCCACUGUGCUCGGGCAUCACAGGAUCUCUCUCACUCAGAAGACAAGAUACAGUCUGUGCCCACUCUUGUGACCACUGGUCAACUCCAAGGCGGACUCCACAGUAGGCGAGACACACGGAACAAUGCUCUGUCAUCUGCACAGAAGGCUCUACACCUCUAUCCAGACAAGGUGUCCAGUCAGUGCAGCUUGAUCGCAGCUGUCCAUGCUGAAGCUGUACUGAGUGGUGCUGAGAGACGACAGCACCUGCUGAACAUAGAACAACAGCGUAUACAAGAAGUGCUGGAACACUCCCCUCAGCCAGGAGUGGCGCUCUGGUGCUGGAGACAGAGAGUCAUUAGUCUGAUACUCUGUAACAAAGGGAGCGAAGCCAAGGAGGCCCUCCAGCAGUUAUCCUCUCUACCAACUGCACCAGACAGCUCUGGACUGUUUGCUGAGGUCCUUCAAGGAGCCUUGACUGAUGACAUCCAGUCAAUUCAAGGGAAGGUCUGCAUGGAGGGGAGACAACUCUAUCUGUGGCAGAUACUGACGGAGAUGUACCUUCAGAAGGGGAUGAUGACGGAGGCAGACACAACCAUCAGACACACGCUGCAGCUGGCCCAGGCUGACAGUCAACGCCAGGUGAAGCUAGAGUCUCUCCUUAAGUUGGCCUCUCUGUCAUACCAACAAAUCAUGUCAGGGAGUGGAGACAAGCAGCAGCUGCGGAGGGUGUUUGACGAGGCGGCUGCAGAGGUUCUCAAGAUUGACCCUGGCUGCUCGGCUGUGCUGCUGAUGAUGGGGGCCUUGUCUAUGAAGAGUAACAAAGUUUCUCGGCGACACUACCAACAGGCUCUAAUUGCAGGGUCAGCCAGGUCAAGUAGAGGUCAUGACGUCUCUCGGGCUCGUCAAGCAGUCAUCAGGAAUAUCAUCUACUCCCAGAAAGAUCUUCCUCUAGCUAAGAAAAUUGCUGAUGAAGCAGUUUGUGACGGUGACGAGGCCACAGUGAAGCUCUACUCUGACCUCAAGGGAGACGAAGACUGAACAGGGCUAGAUGGUCAUUUUGUCUGUUUGUUAAGGAGAUUCUGGAUGAACAAAAGCUGUUAUGGAGACUCUUGCAGAACUGUUAUGGGUUUGACAUUUAGAGUAAACGUGACGUUAGAUUGUUUUGUGCAAAUAAUUACUCAAGUGUAGUCACAUUGCAAGAUAUUUGACAAUUGCUGCAGUAAAAUCACUCUAAAGCAGAUAUGAAUUUGUAUCUACAGACAGAAAGUUUCCUUAUGAGCUGUGUACAUGAUACUCCAAAUUGUGUAAAAUGGAACCAGACAAUCUUGCAUCCAACCAUUAUAUACAAUGAGUUGAUGGAUCAAUACCCAUUGGAAAGAAGAGUGUCAUCCGAAUGCUUGUUAUAAAAUGAUCAUGUUAAA